CAAAAAGAUUCAAUUGGAAAGCAGGAAACCAUUCACAAAACCCCCACAAAAAUAGAGAACCCCUAAAACCCAGGAGAGAGAGCUAGCUAGGAGCGAGUGUCAAAGAAGAAGCUCGGGGAAUAUGCAAUCCCCAAGGAUUGCCGUAGUGGCUGUACUCCUGCUCACCGCCUGCCUUUCACCCACAAGCUCCAGCGAGGAAUUAACCAAUAGAACAACAAUAACAAAUCAAACAGAAACAUUACACAAAACAGGAGAAGCGAAAGCGGGCGCCUUGACAGGUGGUCUACAUAGGUUUACCACACGGGAAAACAACAUCACCAUUCUGCAUGAAGUCCACGAAGAUGUGGUUGAAGAUCAAGAAACAGAGGAACCACCUUUAUCCCUAAAUACACACGAGAUUUUGCCACUUAAACCUUUGAAAAAGAAACCGUAUCUUCCACUGGAAAAGAUUCUACCCAACAUAGAGUAUGUCAAGCCGCAUCCCCUCAAGGAAUACGAACUGCAUCCCGUUACCUUUGACUUUAAUCUGGGUGAUCUCGAGGAUCUGGAGCAUGAGGUGAUCAAAAAGGGUGACCUGAGCAGCCAGGAACAGCAUGGCAGUAGCAGUGACAAUCUCAGUUAUAGUCCCUCAGCAAGUCCCGAUGAAAACGAAACGGUGGAUGUGGACAUAGCUGAGCUCUCAGUGCCGCAUUCCACUGAACCCACCACAGCCACAUCGCCGGGAACAACAACCACAUCGACGACGACGACAACGUCUAGUACACACAUCUUGAAAAUCCUGCGGAGUAAACCACAAUUGGCACCCAAACUGGGCAGAGAUUUGCUCAAGCAAAGCGAUGAUGAUAUGCAGCUCAAGACUCUGGGCAGUACCAUUAAUAGCAUCAAUCGUUACUUAGCGGCCAAUGCCACGGGUAGUGGCAAUGGCAGUAGCAUGGCCGAGAGCCUCUAUGGCCAGGCCAACUAUUUCCAGAUUGUGGCAAAUCUAUAUGAUCAUUUUUAUUGGCAAAUCUCCGAGAUACGCACCAGUGUACGAACAGGAUGUGGCUUGGAGAUGCAGGCGUAUUUAACGGCUUUGCAUUCGAGCUAUGAGUGGGCCCAGAAGGCCUACGAUUCCUCGGGUCGCUAUCGGGGUCAACUCCUCUUUGGCAACGACAAGUGGCUGGGUCAGCUGUCCUUCUGCCUGGAGCUUAACCGUCAAAGUUCCAGUGAGGAGCGCAAGCACUUUGAUCUGGAGUUCUUUGUGGCAGAUGUGGCCCUACAUUUACCCAGGCUCAAUAGAUCGAUGCUCCUUAGUCUAGGCGAAUGCCUGCCCAAAUCCUGCUCCGCUCAUGAUGUUCAGUCUAUUUUGUCUUUGGAUCCCUAUGCUCGCAUGCUCACCGUUUUGGGGGCGCACAAUACCUCGGUGCAGCAACCGCCGCUACAGGUGCUGCACGUACGCACUGUGCCCGGCCUCUACAGUCACUGGCGGCAGCUCAAGUUCCAGGUGUUCAUUAGCUUUAUGCUCACUUUGUUGCUAGUAGUACUUGUGGCCUCAUAUUACCAGCUCAAGAUCGAUGAGCGGCGCCUGGUGGUGGCUCCUAUAGCCGCCAUCAGCGGCAAGUGCGAUGGCAUCACGGCCAAAAAUGGUGGUGGAGGAGGAGCAGGUGGCGUGGGCUUUUAUGGCAAACCAUUUGAGCUUUUUCAGAUGCGUCCAUUGGGCAGCCCAAGUCCCAGCUCCACUGAGUCAGCCGUGGAAAUGGAUGUGAAUGGGAAUAGACAGCGACUGGGUGGUGAUACAUCUGGAGAUCUGGGAGCAGAGGCGGUGACUGGUGGUGAUGCCAACACCUCUGCCACAAUGAAAACCGAACUCACAGAUUACCAAGUGGAGACGGGCAGUUGUGCUGGGGUGACGGGAACCUAUGAGGCAGAGCAGCCAAUUGCUCUGCAUCAACAAAUACUUUUGUGCUUUGCCUUGCAAACGAAUGCAAAGGCCAUUCUGAAUAUUGACAAGACCAAGGAGACGCACACCUCCUGCCUGCACGGCCUAAGGGUCUUCUCAGUGCUCUGGACCAUGAUGGUGCACACGUACCUCCAAAUGUUUGCCAUUGGCGAGAAUAAGUUCGAACGCGUCAUCACAGAACGUUCGGUGUGGUAUCAGGUGAUUGGCAAUGCCACCUUCUCGGUGGACUCGUUCUUCUUCAUCAGCGGCCUCCUGGUCACUCUGCUCUACCUCAAGCAGGAGCGCAAGCAUCCCACAGAGCCCUGCCUUUUUGUCCAGCGCAGCUGCUCGGAGACCUUGAUGAUGCUUUUCUAUCGCUAUCUACGGCUCACGCCCGUCUACCUUUUCGUGGUAAUUUUCAAUGAUUUUGCCGUAAGACAAGGCCUAGACUCUUCGGUAUUUCAGCCCGCUAAAAUCGAGCACAACACUUGCCGCAUCUACUGGUGGCGCAAUAUUCUGUACAUCAACAACUUCUUUCCACAACGAGAGAUGUGCAUGAUGUGGAGCUGGUACAUGGCCAAUGAAAUGCAGUUCUAUGUGAUGGCCGCUCUGCUCUUGGCCUUUGCCAGAAAGUAUUUCAAGGCUGUGGCCUUGACGUUGAUCGUCUUCUUACUCAGCUCUUGGAGCCUUUCGGGUAUUAUCUCCCUGCAGCAUCAGUAUACACACAAAGUGGCGCUGCCCUUUGAGUCCUUUGACUUUUUGUAUGACAAGCCCUGGCAGCGCGUGGGAUCUUAUAUAGUAGGCAUGUGCGCCGGCUAUGUCCUGUACAAGGUGAAGACUCCGCCGGCUGUCUCCAGGCGCCUCAAUCUAACCCUUUGGACGGCCAGCCUGUCCGUGCUCCUCAUCGUGGUCUUUGGCGUUUGGGAGGGUCAACUGAGCACUGUUUAUACCGCCUUCUAUGUGGGCGUGGCCCACACAGCUUUCGGCUGCGGCCUAGUAUGGAUUGUUCUGUCCUGCUGCUGGGGUCUAGCGCCCACGGUGAAUGCCAUACUAUCGUAUCGAGUGCUGUGGCCACUGUCGCGUCUUACAUACUGCGCCUACUUGAUCCAUCCCAUCAUCAUGUUCAUCUGCUCCUCGCACAUGAGCGGCACUGUCCAUCUGAGCAAUCCCCUCAUCCUGACCCUGUUCCUGGGCAAUGCCGUGGUCUCCUUUGGCUCGGCCUUUGUCAUAUCCGCCUUGUUUGAGGCGCCCGUCAUCAGAAUACUCAAGAUCUGCUUUAAAAAGUGAAGGAGCAGUGAAGGGUAUCUGUGUGUGUGUGAGUCUCUGUAAUGGGAACUUUUUUCCCGUUUCUGUGGAAUAUCUAGCCGCCGGGGAA